AUGAAGCCUCAAGCAAGACUGGAUACGAUGCGCCGUUGCCCGCUUCUUAUUGGGUUAUUAUUCUAUAUCGACCAUGUUACAUGUUUGGAAGCCACGCGUGCCCACAACCGGUCAUCGAUAUUUCACAAUAGGCCAUGGAAGAACUGGGUGGUUCUUGCAGCUGGUUCCGAAUCCUGGAAAAAUUAUCGACAUCAAGCGGACGUCCUUCACGCGUAUCAUGUCGUGCGUGCAAACAAAGUUCCAGCGGCGAAUAUUAUUACCUUCGUUUACGACGAUAUUGCGAACAAUCCGAAAAAUCCGUUUCCAGGCAAAGUAUUCCAUGACUACGACCACAAAGACGUCUACGAGGGUGUGGUAAUCGACUACCGUGAAAAAGAUGUCACAGCGGAAAACUUCUUGAAGGUACUCAAAGGCGACAGAGCACUAGAAAAAGAAGGGAAGAAGGUGCUAAAGAGUGGUCGUGAUGACUACGUAUUCAUCUUCUUCUCUGGCCAUGGUCAAGUUCCCUUUAUUGCAUUCCCAGGAGCUAAACUCUAUGCCAGGGAGUUGAACGAUACCCUCGCCUACAUGCAGUCAAAAAAAAUGUACAAACAGUUGGUGCUGUAUAUAGAGGCUUGCUACUCCGGAUCAAUGUUCCAAGAUGUUCUUCCCUCAACUACGAAUACCUUUGUGACAACGUCAUCCAACGAGAAAGAAGAAGACUGGUGUGCUUUUUGUAAUGACAAGCAAAUCGAUACUUGUCUGGCAAACCAAUACUCGUAUGCCUGGAUUACAGAUUCGGAACACGUAAGUUGUUCAGAUGUUGCAGAUAAACUUGCCAGUUGUGGAUUGCUAGUCCAUGAUCUAUACUUUCUGCUGUCUAAACCCCCAAAAACUUCAGCCUUUGUGACAACGUCAUCCAACGAGAAAGAAGAAGACUGGUGUGCUUUUUGUAAUGACAAGCAAAUCGAUACUUGUCUGGCAAACCAAUACUCGUAUGCCUGGAUUACAGAUUCGGAACACAAUGACAUCAGAAGGCGGACACUGGAUCAACAGUACGAGGCGGUGAGAAGAGGGACAACGAAAAGUCACGUGAUGAAAUACGGUGAUUUGGCGAUGGGAAGUCUCCAAUUUGGAAGGUUCCAAGGUCAUUUUAAGAUAAGGAUUCACCCGAAUGAAGGGGCAAUAGCACCGAAUGUUGCGGACAGAAAACCCUCUUCCCGAGCGCGGUUGUUGUCGAUGUCCCGACGCUUGACUGAGGCCACAACCGAGGAAGCAAACCAAAAGGGUUUGCGAAAAUUGCACCGUGCACUUCGGCUCGGUCAUAUCGUCAAAGAAACGUUUCUCGACAUUGUCACUGAUGUGACAACCCACCACCAGCCAACGGUAAAGGGCUUGUCCAAGAAGGGUGGGCUCAUAUGUUUCGAGGCCGUAUUCGAUCGAUUCCAGACGCACUGCUUCACAAUUCAGCAAUUAGGUGCAGUUAAGUUGAGUUCAGUUGAGUUCACUUCAGUUCAGUUAAACUCGGUUCACUUCGGUUCAGUUGAUUUCAAUUCAUUUCAGCUCAUUUCAAUUCAGUUCAGUUCAGUUCAGUUCAGUUCAGUUCAGUUCAGUUCAGGUCAGUUCAGUUCGGUUCAGUUCAGUUCAGCUCAGUUGAGUUCAGGUCAUUAUAGUUGUUCAGCUGGUCGGACAGGGCCUCUUGUCCUUCCUAGCAUAAAUGAUUCACCAGCCGGCGCACACCGACCACUAGAGAGUAAUGACACAGACUCGUCUUCCGGAUGGUUCGUUCCCGAGGUUGGUCAGCAAACAACUCAUUUAAUGGAGUUGUGCAAAUUCGGAUACGAGGCCGAAAUACUCAUCCAGUCUGUCUACAAUGUCUGUUCCUAG